CCACGGUCCAGUUGCCAGCCAGCCAGCCAGCCCAGGCGGCCACCCCCGUUAAGCGAGCAAAUUGCCUCGCUCAUGUGUCCGCCCCCUUCGCUCUACCCAGCGCCGUUCCGACUUCACUUCCUUCAACUCCACCACGACCUGACGGCUCAACCUCAGCACGAACCGACCACCGACCCUCGACAGCCCUUCAUCGCCGUCGGAUUACUUUCGCUACGAGUGCUCCUGCUGGAUAUUGGCAUCAGGGAAAAUUUUUAUUACCCCAGAGAAGGCGCCAGUGAUCGACGGUUCAUCCGAGAGUGGUGCAUGACGCUGCGUUCGGGGGAUUGAGAGCCGUCGGCGGUUUGGCGCGACUCGCCACAGCAACCCCUCAUCCUCUGAUCUCGCCCAGAGCGACAAUUCUCAUCGAGCGCAUCGCGGAUUUCGAUCGAUCAAGAUCUUGACGGUAUUCUUCGGAAGAGGUGGUGUUUUUUUCUUCGCGCCUUCCGGUCGGAGAAGCCGCAACAGCAGCAACCACCCUCCCAUUCAUCCCGUGUUCCGACGUCCUCGUCUUCAUCCGACGAAGGCUACAUUCACGGCCACGACGCUCACAAAGACGACUACGACGACGAAGCCGACCCGAGAACCGAGCCCCCAUACCAGCAGCAACGUCAACAUGUCUUUCCACCCCCGAACCCCUCAAAGUCCUUCCCAGUUUUCUCCUGGCACUUCCGACCUCACGUCGAGUAUGAACAGCUCCGUUCAGUCCACAACCACGACUCUGCCAACUCCCGCACACAGCGUAAACGGCAGCGCAUCGCAGCCCUCCGAUAUGUCACAGGACAUCGUUAUGGGCGAUGACUCGCCUCACAAGCGCAAGCGCCCACUCGAAGACUUGGGUGACCGAGAGCAGAAGAAAGUCCACAUCGAGGAUAGCAAAACUGGUAUCGAGGCACUCCACUUGGAUGUCGGAGAGAAAUACCUACUUUGCCAAACUCCACACCACGAGAGAUUGCCGCGUAUCACUGAAGAUCUCUUUGAGAUGUUCAACUUAACGGGCAUUGCUGCAGAGGUCGCUCGCGAGAAGCCCAACGGUGAGAAGAAUGCUCUGCGCAAGACCUAUAAGGGUCAGAUCAAGAAACUCGGAAUCCUCGGCCGCUUCGACUCUGUCGCCCAGGACUGGGACGCACCCAGAGAAAGGGAAGGUGAUGGUGGCGACAAGAAGAGAGAGACAUAUCACGGCUUCCGAGAACUGCUGGAGAUCCCCGAUGCAGAGUUUUGGGGCACACGGAAAGACCCGAUCACUAACGGUCUGUCGGGUACCGUCAAGUCCAUUUUGAACAGAGCCACAACGAUGGCCAAGGGGCCAAUUCCUGCCAAGGACUGGGACAGCUCGGUGCUUGGAGAUCUUGCCCCCGGCAGUGUCGACGCCUUGAAACAGGGUCUUGCUGGCAAGGCAACGGCGCCUGGCACGCCGUCAGCAACCACACCCAACCCUUUCGCGCGGAAGCAGCAACAGGGACCUCCGGGUGCUGUCCGUCCUCAGCGAACCACGAAGAAGCGGGGCUAUGGCGAGAACACAUACGAGGGCUAUGGCGAAGGCUUCCCUGAUGAUGGCUACUCUACGGGAGACGGCGACGACAGGGGAGGCCAGAAGCGCCGAAAGAAGGUUGGUGACAGAUCGCCCAUGCCGUCUCUGUCCAUGUCUGACCUGUUACAGGAUGGCGGUAAUGGCCAAGCGUUCCCGAACGCGAUGCGUCCGCAAGGCUACGGGGCUGUGGGCGCUUAG